AUGUCAUUAUAUCGUCCUACGGGCUCUGCUAGCACAUCAUCGGCGAUGGCAACAGACAAGGAACUCUCCAACGAUAUAACGAUCAACAAUCCGGCUAACGACUCGGUAUCUGACAUCGCAUUCUCGCCACAACAAGACUUCCUGUUCAGCGUUGCCGCGUGGGACAAUACAGUGCGCAUCUGGGACGUGCAGAAUGGUAUGACGCAAGGUCGUGCGCAGUACGAACACCAGGCGCCUGUGCUGACGACCCGAUGGUCAUCUGACGGGACCAAGGUAGCCUCUGGGGGCUGCGAUAACAUACUUAAGCUGUACGACGUGGCGAGCGGGCAGGCGCAACAGAUAGGCAGUCAUGACUCGGCCGUGCGCGCCCUGCGGUUUGUGCAGUGCGGGCCGUCCAACCAGGAAUGCAUCGUCACGGGCUCGUGGGACAAGACCAUCAAGUACUGGGACAUGCGCCAGCCACAGCCGAUCUCCACGGUCGCGAUGCCGGAGCGCGUGUACGCACUGGACAGCAAACAGAAACUGCUCGUAGUCGGCACAGCUGAGCGCCACAUUGUCGUCAUUGACCUGAACAACCCGGCGCAGGUCUUCCGCACCUCCAUGUCGCCGCUCAAGUGGCAGACUCGCACGGUCGCCUGCUAUAUCGAGGGCAAUGGUUUUGCCAUUGGUUCCGUGGAGGGCCGCUGCGCCAUCCAGUACGUCGACGAGCAAGAGCAGCGCAAAAAUGGGUUCUCCUUCAAGUGUCAUCGCCAGCAGCAGCCCGCAUCUGGCCGCGCCUCCUCCGAGUCCCUCGUUUACCCGGUCAACAGCAUUGUCUUCCACCCGCAGUAUGGCACCUUCGCCACGGCUGGCGGCGAUGGCUCCUGCAAUUUCUGGGAUAAGAACCAACGCCAUCGCCUCAAGGGCUUCCCGUCAAUGAAUGCGUCCAUUCCUGUUUGUAACUUCAACAGAAACGGUUCGGUCUUUGCAUACGCCCUAAGCUACGAUUGGCACCAGGGCUACAUGGCCAACCGACCAGAUUAUCCAAAUGUUAUCCGCCUCCAUGCUACCACCGAUGAUGAGGUUAAGGAGAAAAAGAAGCGCUGA